GCAGCAGCAGCAGCAGCCAGUGACACCUUCAAUCUCCUGGCCGAUUCAUCAGCUAAUAUUGCAUUGUAAUAACUUGCAUCUCCCCCCCUCUUCCCCAUGACAUCAUUGCAGCCUUGAUUGAAUUGUGGAGGUGUGAUUAAAGAGCUGCAUGUCAACAGAUCAAGCCUGCAGUGAACAAAGGUAGUAUGCACAUGAAGGGGGGCAUAGUUUGCUAAAAGAGGAAAAAAAUAAAAAGGAAUGAGGUUUGUGUUUGUAUGGUAGGAGUUUAAAAUGGCACACUGCCUUUUUUUCCAGGCUGCAGAAGGGGGGAGCUGGGGGAUAGUGCAGUCUGAGGGACACUGCCCUCCCAUCCAAUCACAAUCCGCCUAUUUGCCAUUGCAAAGUUGUUAACCCCAGAGUCUUGUGGCUGCCUCCGCUUCUAAUCUUCUUUGGGCUUUUCUUUUUUUCUCUCUUCUUCUUUUUUUUACAAAGCUUGGAAGAUUUGGGUUGAAGAAAGCUCUUCUCUCAUCAGACGACCAUGGAACUAAGUAGGACUCCAGAUCUGCUCUGCCAUCUCAAGAUGUUUGGAAAGCCAUCUGCUGCUUGGAUAUUGUUUCAUAGACCCCGGCACAGCUCUCUGCCUUUAUAUUGUUUUAAGAAUUCCUCCCUGGGGCUUGACACCCUCAUCACCUCCUUGCCUAAGAGGAACAUCAUCUCCAGCGAGCCAUUUCAGCACUGCAGGUAUAUGGAGAGAAGCGGGAUAACAUGGUUAUUCCAGUCCCGGAGGCAGAAAGCAACAUCUCUUAUUAUGAAUCUGUGUACCCAGGGGAAUUUAAGAUGCCAAAGCAGCUCAUUCACCUACAGCCUUUUAGUUUGGAUGCAGAGCAGCCAGAUUAUGACUUGGACUCUGAGGAUGAGAUCUUUGUGAACAAGCUUAGAAAGAAAUUGGACAUAUCUCCUCUCCAGUUUGAAGAAAUGAUUGACCGGUUAGAAAAGGGCAGCGGUCAGCAGCCUGUUAACCUCCAAGAAGCCAAGCUGUUGCUUAAGGAAGAUGACGAGUUGAUAACGGAAGUGUAUGACUAUUGGAUUAAGAAAAGGAAAAACUGUCGUGGCUCCUCCGUAAUACCAGCAGUGAAACAGGAGAAGCGGGAUGGCUCAAGCACCAGUGAUCCUUAUGUAGCUUUCAGAAGGCGUACAGAGAAGAUGCAAACGCGGAAAAACCGAAAGAAUGAUGAGGCUUCUUAUGAAAAGAUGCUGAAGUUGCGCCGGGAUCUUAGUCGAGCAGUUACUAUUUUAGAAAUGAUUAAGAGACGAGAAAAAAGCAAGCGAGAAUUAUUACAUCUAACACUGGAAAUUAUGGAAAAGAGGUAUAAUCUGGGUGACUACAGCGGAGAGGUAUUGUCAGAGGUAAUGGCACAGCGCCAGCCGUUGAAACCCACCUAUGCCAUCCCCAUCAUACCAAUUUCUAGCAGCCCCUUCAAACAUCAGGACACUAUAGAGAUUAAAGUUAACAAGCAAGAAAAGUCUGAUGUUGUACGACCGAAGCGAAAAUAUGAGAAGAAGCCCAAAGUCUUACCCUCCUCCCCUGCUGCUCAACAAACAAGCCCUGCUGCACUGCCAGUGUUUAAUGCUAAAGAUCUGAAUCAGUAUGACUUUCCUAGCUCUGACGAUGAGCCCCUGUCACAGGUUAUGUCAGGUUCAUCAGAAGCUGAGGAAGAAAAUGAUCCAGAUGGUCCCUUUGCUUUCCGUAGGAAAGCUGGCUGUCAGUACUAUGCUCCUCAUUUGGACCAAACUGGCAAUUGGCCAUGGUGUAGUCCAGAGCAAGGAGGUUUGGGAGACAUUCGUUAUAGAUACUGCCUCACUACCCUCACUGUUCCCCGCAAGUGUAUUGGGUUUGCACGAAGACGGGUUGGGCGUGGUGGAAGGGUGCAUCUCGACAGAGCGCAUUCGAACUACGACAGUGAUUUUCGUCAGCUGGACGUUGACAUGCUUUCCUCUCCUGAACACACUUCAAUCAAUUUAUUUGCCAAUACCUCAGAAAUGAAUACCUCGGAUAAAUGUUUCUCUAAAGACCUCAGCCAGAUGUUAGUCAAUAUAAAAUCAUGUAGGUGGCGACACUUUAGGCCACGGACAACAUCCCUACAUGACAGUGACAAUGUUGACUUUUCCUGUAGAACGUUUCACAAAGGUAUCACCCGAACAGGCACAGCACAACCUGGGACCCAGACUUGCAGUACCUCGACAUCAAGUAAAAGUAGCAGUGGUUCAGCACACUUUGCAUUUACACCUGAACAAUACCAGCAACACCAACAACAACUGGCACUAAUGCAGAAACAACAGCUUGCUCAAAUACAUCAACAGCAGGCCAAUAACAAUUCUUCUGCCAACACUUCACAGGGUUUUGUUUCAAAGACCUUGGACUCUGCUAGUGCACAGUUUGCUGUUACAGCUUUGGUAACGUCUGAGCAGCUGAUGGCCUUCAAAAUGAAGGAAGAUGUUGUCCUUGGAAUUGGAGUGAAUGGCAUCCUUCAAGCCUCAGGAGUCUACAAGGGCUUACACCUCAGUAGUAAUACGCCUGCAGCAUUUUUACACACAAGUCAUUCAUCUUCUUCAUCUUCGACUGGUUCAGCAUUGCUACAGCCUUCCAGUAUAACACAGACUGCUACUUCCCACAGCACUCUGAGUCACCAAGUAACUGCUGCCAAUUCUGCAACAACUCAGGUCCUGAUUGGGAAUAACAUCCGAUUGACUGUACCAUCCUCCGUUGCCACUGUAAACUCUUUAAACUCCCUUAAUGCACGCCAUUUACCUAGGACUUUAAGUGCUGUUGCCCCAUCUGCCUUAAAGCUGGCUGCAGCAGCAGCAGCAAACUGUCAGGUACCCAAGAUUCCAGCAGCAACUUCUGUGGAUGGAGUACCGAGGGAAAACCAUGACACAGAAAAGCCAGCAUUGAACAGUAUAACGGACAACACAGUAGCAAUGGAAGUGACGUAGUUUCCACAGGAACAGGACUGCAGCCUUGGGAACUUGUUUAGGUGCUAUGCAUCAGUAGCAUUAUGAAUGCAAGGGAUGAUGGGAACCAGCACACACACUGCGUUUCCAUGGCAGCUGUGGGGACUCAACAGCAAUGCACAUCUCUCAUGCUUUGAUUUCUUUUCUUUUUUUCGUACUGUUAAUAGGAAAAGAAUAAAACAUCUGUAAAUUAUGAAUACAGCAAUUAUCUGUACAGUACUGCAUAUUUGUAAUACCCUUGUAUAUAUGUUACUUGAAUACAGAACUGUUCAUUUGUGAUGCUUUGCACUGGGGGGGGGAUAAAAAGAAAAAACGGGAAACAAAAACUGCAACAAAAUAAGAGUGUGAGAUUGUAUAGAGAUGAGAGAAGUGUCAUCACAUCAUGUGCAUGGUGCGGAACCUGCUGUUUUAUCUAUUUAUUGUGCCGUGUUUACAGUUUUUUGUACACUGUACCUUCAUUGGUUCCUGUGCUGUAGUAAAUGUGUUAGGUAGCUGUGGACUCCUUGGUAUUUUGUAAAUGGUAUAACAUAACUUGGUUCCCCACCGGGUCCCUGAGUUCUCUGUGUAUCAUGUGAAGAAAUGGUGACAUACAUACAGAUUCUUAAGAAAAAAAAGGCAUCAUUUAUUAAAUGGGGAAUGUACUCAAUAGGGAUCUUCCUUUUUUGUAAUCUCAGAAGUUACAAGAUAAUAAUGAAGUCUCAAAUCUUCCCAUCCCCCAUUCAUCUGUACGUCACGUGGGUGGUUUCUGGUACUUCAGGCACUAAAAGGUUUUGUUGCUGCUUUACAAACAAGCCCCCUCCUCCUGCCCCAUCUCCUCCUACACCAAAAAAGUGUUAAAUCAAGUAUGCAAAUGGAGUCCAUUCAACUGGAGUUUUUUUUUUAUGUUGUCUGCCCUUUUUUUAAGAAAAAAAAAAAACACUUUAAAAAAUUGUAUUUUUUUAUUGUGUAAUUGUUAAAAGACUUCAUUCUUUACUUGUUCUUAAGAAAAAAGGAUAUAAGGGAGAAGAAUGCAGUAAUUGCUGUACGUGUAUCAUCAUUCCAGUUUCUAAAAUAGCCAGCUUUUUUCCUUUUUUUAUUUUUUGUUUGUUCCCCGAUUUUCUCUCCAGAAGGCUGCAGGGCCAGAACCACAACUAUCGGGUGCCUUCCUUUCGGAAAUAUGAGCUCUCUUCUGUGAAGAGCAUGGUACUUUACAGACUACUAAUGCUUUGUCAGUAGAAAAGUCUGAAUGCCCAGUUCCAAUGGCAUACAUUGAUCCAUGAGGUUUUUUUUAAAUCCUGGAAAACACAUUGUGGAAAAAAAAUAAUUCUCACUAAAUAAAAACCAGGGCAUUACAUGUUGACAAAACAGAAAAAAAUGUGUGGUGAUGUUUCUUUAUUUCUGUAUUAAUUUCUGCUCUAAGUUCAUUGUCAAUUUCAAUUCAAUGUUCUGCACUUGUUUCUUAAAUGGAAGGACAGAAAAGCUCCCACUAAAUUAAGGAAAAUAUUAAAACACUUAAAAAAGAAUCA